AUGACGCAAUCUGUACUCCUUCGGGCACAGCAUCCGUCGUUGGGAUCUGCUGCUGGAUCUGUCGGGGGAAUCCGAAGUCACCCUAAAGAAGCUAAACCCUACACGCUGGGCGUGUCGCCAUAUGUCGCUAAUGGGAGUAAUGCACCGUUGGAGAAAAUGUUCCUGGACAGUUGGCUGAACCCAAUGUACGUGGUGAACUACGUGACCCGAAUGGAACCGGGCGGUGGCGCGGAGAAUGCCGUGAACGUGUCGCUGGAUGUCCUGUUCAGCGAUCCGGAUGUCGCAUGGAAUCAGGCUCAAGAUGUCGUUCGUUCUCAUCUGGAUGCCACAGGAGGAAUUCUGGGAAUCUACAACGUGAAGCCCUUGCCGCACUUCUGUGAUGCACCCCUGGGAGGAACUGCUGAACUUGGCGAUACGCUGAAGGAGGAGAUCUGGCAAGCUGAAGUACAGGAAAUGAAUCAACAAGAGAAAGAAAUUGAAGUGGCCAAGCAGCAGAUGAAAAACUUCUUACUUCAAAUAACCAUCCCAACUGCUGCUGACCAUCCUCCCAUCAAAGCAAAGUUCAUUGAUGAUGCAUUUAACAGACUUCCUGAUGACAGAGAGAGAGAGAGAGAGAGAGAGAGAGAUCAUGCCUCCUCCAAACACAAUCCUAGUUUCCUUCACUGUCUGCUGGAGAACGCAGAGAGCAUCAUGAAGAGAACGCUCAGCUUCAUCCAGAAUCUGCUGGGUGGCACCACGGAGGAUGAUCGAGCAUGCUUCACCCAAAGGCACUCCACUGAAUUUCAACAGCUUAUCUUCUCCUAUCAUGACCUUAGGGAGCAGAAACACCAGCUCCAACUCAGCCACCUUGGAGACACCAUCCACCCUAACUUGAGAUCCAAAGACCUUAAUCUUGUCAGUGUCCAUUGGAGUGUUGGCAAUCAGGAUCCGGGCAUUUUCCACUCGUUUGGGUUGAUGGACACCAGAAAGAAAGAAAGAGACAUCGGGCCAACACGUGACCACACCCGGUUUCUCUGUCACACCAGCAGCAGUCGCCCAUAUUGCCCUCCAUCUACGUAUGACCUGCCACCUAGGGAACAUCGCCCGUACGUCGUUGUUUCUCUACACUCCUCCAGACGUCAACCAAAAACAGAAAAUCGUUGGAAGGUGGAACAACCGGAUUACCCUGCUUCUGAAUGCGGAAAAGGAAUGGUUUCAAUUUCAAUUAACACUAAGGGUCCCGAUAUCCUUGGCGAUUACCAUCAAGGCUGCCUUGUUGACUCGCAUUGGGUCCAGAUCCUAUAUUUCCUCAGGAGUCAUAGUGGAUGCUGCACCUCGAAAGGGUUUGAAGCGAUGUGGUUCCCAAUUCUCUGCUACUCCUAUGUCUUCUCAACUAUCGCGUCUCCAUCCGGAAGCGUGGAGCUGGUCCGGAGGCGGAUCCUAAGCGGAGGAGUGACGGGGAAUUUCGGGGCACCCUCGGGCGUGCCCCCGUGUCCAUCGGCCACCCAAUGCGCUCCACCCACCAUGUGCGAGGGCGGUCAUGCCCUCGCCCCCUACCCUCUUUCCACCCGCAUCGCCCUCAUGAAGAACAUCUUCAGCGUGAGUCCGAUUCCCCCUAUCGAGCCGUCCUUGUCUCCUCGCUCACCCUCACACCCACGCCUUCGCCCACAGCGGUGCCUGGUGGACCCGAACGAAUACCCGCCGUUGUCGAGCGCGGAUGGCGGGACGAACGAGACGACGGAAGGAGUCUGUUGUCCCAGGGUCAACACUUGCCCGGCGCGCAAGAAAUGCAUCCCGCCGCAGAAAUGCGACCCCGACGGGGCUCGAAUCCCGUCCGGGGAGCCCGAGAAUGAGGAAAUGAUCUUCGCCUUCCCCAUGGCCGUGAGUCCAGUCGGUCGAGGCUCGGGGAUCAAUCUCGUUACACAGCAUUGUCAGCCUCCCCCAGCCGUCUCGGCCAAGGACUCGAACAUCUUCGGACACUGUUGCAAGACGGGAUCUUCGUCGAAAAUCCCGGACGCCCGAGAUCUUUUCGGACUCAGACCAUCCACCCAACAGCGGCUCUCCCAGUCCUAACCCAUAUCGCACCCGA